AUGCCAGGACCGCCUAGCCCGACUGAGGUCGUCGAAUUUGUGCUCAGCAUACCCUUGGGAACAAACCCAUACCGCGCAACAGCUGAAUACGUGACAGUGUUUCUUCAGCCGUGUCCUCUUCCAACCUGGUCACACUAUGUAGAUCAUUGCUUUGCAGUGCUGUAUCUUGUAACGACUUGCUUAGCUUUAUACGUCAUCUACAUCAGGACUAAGACGACCGGGUUUUCCUUCUUCCGCCUGAACACGCUCGGAUUAAUAUGGAUUGAUCGCGCUUUUCAUUGCGGUUCAUGUUACGUGGCCCAUAGUCUAAGUUUGUCAGAUAAACGUACUCAAUUCGCCAUAGCCGAGAUUAUCUGCAAAGAUUUUGUCUUGGCCGGUCGGGUGAAUAUUUGCGCGAUGGCAAACUUACAAGUGAGAAAGAUGCUGACUGGAUUUUCACGUUCCGCCUCAGGAUUUGUAUGGAUGUGCAUUUGUCAUCGAGCAUAUUUAAAGUGGGGGCCUGUCGGGGUAUCCUCGAACACAUCAAAAUAUGGCAUUCCUUUCAACUUAGCCCCAAUUAUGAAUGCAUGUUUUGUGCUCGCGUUGAUAUGGACAAUAGCCCCGGUGACCUGGGCUUUCUCUAGACUUACUAUUGAAUACAACUCUCUCAACGGUAGUUCAAGAAGCGUGAUACGACAGCUUCUGGAUUUAGCUUUGACCUACUCUCCAACGACUUAUAAUUCCUUGCAGUUGCUAAAUAUCAUGCUUCCUUUGAAAGAGUCUCUCAAACACACCGCUCAGAUAGUGCGCUUUACUCGACUUGGAAGUAUCUUCUAUAUGGCGAACACCAUGAUCUUAGUCUUGGUAUACAUCCCAUUUGUCUUUCUUAUAGCAAGAGACUUACGGCACAAAACGGAUAGGGAUAUUAUACUUCUAAGGCAGCAAGAGCAAAUGCUAAUGCAAGCUAUCCUGCACAUCACAAUGAGUUUCUUGACUAUCCCCGUUCUCCUUUACCUGGGUUUACAUGGUGCAAUGUUGAUUGCUGGUUUCCUUAUGCAUCAGACAAGGUUAUUCCAUAGCAUAAAUAGCGUCACAGAGAUUGGUAUGACAGAAAUGAUUAAAGAAGAGAUUUGA